AUGCAGCACAGAAAAAUCCCUCCGAGAUUACAGUGUAUCAUUGUUAUCAACCUUCCGGAGGCUGAGGCCACCACCGCUCAGGCUCGAUUGGACCACGCCCUGCAGCUGCUGCGGUGGUACAUGGUUACCUUGUUUGAUGGCGACGAUGUGGAAACAGCAGCAUCAAUCAGAGUAAAAUUGACAUUUCGGCUUGGAAAACCUCGCCAAGAUAAUUCUCUACGGCCACUGAAAGUGGUUCUUCGGGUAGGAGGCGAGACCAAAGCGAUCCUCCAGCGGACCCACAAGCUGAAGGAAACUCCGGUGCGGUUCCUCAGGGAUCUUGAUCCGGACCAUUGCAGUAAACUGAAAACUGCGUUGGAGGAAGUCACGAAGCGCCGUGCAAAACAGGAAUCUGAUCUGUGUAUACGGGAUUUUCGUAUUCAUCGGAAGCGCCCUCAGCUGCUUCAUUUUCUUUACUUUAUGAACUACGCUGCAAAAGUAAUCAACGGCAGUCUACGUUAUCGGGCUAUCAGAGCCUUAGAGUCUAUUCUAAGGAUUUCGCCAAAAUGUCAGGAUGGAACUCCAUUCAUAGAAGCUGGAGAUGAUGAAACCACGCUUGAAUCUAGCGUUGCUGCACGGUUAAGAAAACAUCCCUUCUUUUUAUCACUUCCUGCUUUGACAUUGCCCUCCCAGCUGGAUAGGGCAGCCAUUAACUAUUUACGUGAACAUUCACUUUCCUCACCGAAGGCCAUCGAAGAUCGGGCAGAAAUGCUGGGAUGCUAUCUGUGGUCUCGACAAUUAAUGACAGAGUCCGGUGUAGUUCAAAGUAAACGCAGUGAAAAUGGCGAUGCUCUGUCAAUCGGUUCCACCGAAGAAGUCGAUCUAGACUUGGCAGAGGCAAUUCGCUAUCACAAUCCCGACGCGUUAACCAAGAUGCGGUCUGGAGCUGCGCAAAAGGUCCAAGCUGAAAGCUUAGAACAGUGGAAAUCGUUAACGCCGAUCUCGGGGGCCUGUCAACUGGCCGGUGAACGAUUACUUGGAGGUUGGACAUGUCCUCGCCAAAGACGACAAUAUCAUCCGCAAAUUCUAAGUCGAUAUUUGGGCCAUAACUGUGAACUCUAUCUGACCGCUCGCUUGGCACCCAACUUCGCUUCCGCCUGCCGUGUCCUGUACGAGAUUCGUAAACGCUGCCCGCAAUUUAUUCCGCGAAAUAUGUUUGAUUUCGGCUCUGGAUUGGGUACGCAAAAGUAUGACCUGGUUGUCAGUGCGCACAGUUUGCUCGAAUUGCCCGGGAAAUCAGCACGUGAACGUGUCCUUUCCAAUUUGUGGGGUCGUACCUCCAAUUUUCUCGUUCUCAUUGAACAAGGAACUAGGGCGGGAUUUGCAGGCAUACUAGAAGCGCGUGAUUGGUUGUGUCCUCAUAGUGAACUGUGCGGGAAGCGUGAAUCCGUGUGUAACAUUUCGGUGCGAUACUAUCAUUUCGGAUUAACACGGCUUCGGUUCCUGGACUAUAAACGUGUGACCCAAUCCGAGCGUCGAAUCGCGCACAGCAUGUUCAAACGAUUACCCGCGCUUGCGAGUGGUGCGGGCAAUGCGAAGGGUGCACCGAACCUGCGGAGCGGUAUUCGUGCCCAGAACGCGACCAACGGAACAACCACUGUAAAAACAUUCAUUCCCGGUGCUCCGCUCAAUGCAAAAGCAGGGUCAGAUAAGGAAAAUGGUGAACCGAUCGAUAAUCAAACAUCGGGAACAGAGCCGAAGGAUGCAUCAAACAUGCCACCGCCUCCAGCCCCGGUGCAGCCGGGGACAAAACGUCCUGGUAAGGAACGAGAUUCUCUCUCUCGCUCUCUGUGCGUUUGUUCCAAUCUCGUCAAAUUCCCGCUCGCGGUUAAUCCUAUCGUCGCAUGCUUGACUAAUUGUUGA